UUGGAAGUAUGAAAUUGAAAAAUACAUAAAUGAGCCUAGGUCAGAAUAUACUGGUCUGAGAGUAUACUUGAUUGGUGAAGAAGACACGAAAAUAUCUAUCCGUCAUUAUCGAAAAUGGCCAAGGAUUUUUUCGGAUCGCCAGCAACAUUUGUACCUGCGGAAAGGCUCUUUUCAAGAGCAGCUUUAACAAUAGCAAAGCCAGAAAUCUGCGAGGCGUUUACUCUAUGAGAAAUGUUAUCUGCCUUAUCAUGGCUUAUCAAUUCCGAUUUAAAAAUGUGCUAAAUUUGUUAUUUAAAAUAAAAUCUAGUUUGCAAUUGUAUUUUCAACAGGAUUAGAUGACCAGAACAUCGAAGCAAACUACUAGAUACACCGAAUCGGAAAAUAUAAUCGACCCAAAACUUUUCAAGAAUACAAACCACAAAUUCACCGAUUAUUUUAAUAGUUUUGAUUACAUAUUUAUAAGCUUUCUGACUAUUACUACACUCAUUUAUCUUCUUUUGUACUUUGAAGAAAUUUCCUGGCAAUUAUCAUCAAUAGGAAGAAUAUUUUUGGUAAAAUUACUUCCAUAUUUCGAUUGGAGACAUCUAAAAAGUCAAGAAUGCCUUAUACAACCCAUUUUUAAACAAACCGAGUUUGUAUCUGAUCGAUUAAAUUGUGAUGUUUGUGAAGAAAUGGUAGGAGUCGAUGUGUAUGAGGCUCUUGACGAAGAUAUCUUGGAAGAACGGUAUAUUAAGCUUGACAACCCUUUGAUAAUAAGUAAAGGUUUAGAUACUUGGCCCAAUAAUUCAGCAUUUAUUAAAAAUAUACAAGAGGAGAAAUCAUCUAAGUUAUAUCCUUGCAAGUUAUCAACAAAUAUCUUCAAAGGGAUCAGUGAUCUGGAAACAGUUUUGUCCAAAUUAAAAUAUUUCGAUCAAUUCUUUAUCCAUUUUCAAAACUGUGACCUUGAUGCGAUGAGAACCUUAAGAAAAUACACAUUUCGACCCAAAGAAUUACCAGCCGCUUAUUCACCAACUUUGUAUAGCUGGUUGAUAUGGAAUAAAACUUAUAACAUUACAAAUUAUAAACCAGUGGAGCUCGUAGAAAAGGUAACAGUUAUUGGUCAGCUCUUUGGAUCUACAUAUAUCAGACUUAUUCCGAGAAAAAACUGCGAAACUCUAUGCCCUAUCUUGGAUAUUCUAUUACAGAAAAGAGAGUUAUUGAUCUUCACCAGUCUUUGGGAUCUAGAGUACAAGCCACAUCCAGUAGGUGAAAAUAUGGCUGUGAUAAUGGAAUACAGAGAUUAAAUUUUUAACUUAUGAUAUUUUAUGAACUGUAUAUAAUGUAUUUUUAUCACUCUUUUACUUGUUUAUUAAUGUUGUGGACGUUAGUGAGGUAUUCUUUAGUAGUUAUUUAUAGCAGUUUUUUCUUUAGCAAGGUUCUGAAACUGUUAUCUUGUGGCGGGCGACUACGAACUCCCCCACGCUACCUAGAUUUUAAUGGGUUCAGUUUUAUAGUAGGAUUAAAAGCGACUACAAACUGCCCCACACUACCUAGGUAUUUAGAUAAUAUUUUUGUGAACAUAUAUAGUUUUUAUUUUACUUUAUUUACUUAUUUUACUAUUGUAUUCAAAAAGGAACCCAAUUCCCAAAGUAUGAGCGAAAAUUUUAAAUAAUUAAAUAAUGAAACUAUAACAAUAUAAUCGAACAAAGUUUAUUUAUAAAUCUACAUUAACUUAUAUACAAUAAAAAACACUACAGUUAAACAAUAACAAUGCUUAAUUCUAAUGUCUGAUUAGUGAUUAAAAUAAGUAAGAACUAUAUUUUAGAUUUUAAAAGUUAGCUGCAUAAUAAUUGCAAACUGACUUAAUGAAGUCUAAUUUAGUAAUGUUUUGAUUAACGUAAUAAUCAUUUAGCCUAUUUUCAAUAAAAUCAACUUUUCUUUUUGCCGUUUUAUCAAGUUUUUUUUCGAAUCUAUGUGCAGUUCUAAUUUUCACAUAUACUUCUGCUUGAAAAUUUAACAAAAUGUCAGUAAUUUUAAAUAAGUCAGAAUGUGAUUUAUACAAACAUUCGUUAAAUUUCGAGUGAAACGAUUCACAUGCGUUUGUAGUAAAUAUCAGAGAUGAUGAAUUUGAAGCCUACAUGUAUAGUAUAGUAUAGUAUAGUAUAGUAUAGUAUAGUAUAGUAUAGUAAGGUGGAAAUGUUGAAUCUUCCGUUAAAUAAUUAUAAACUAGGUAAUCACAAAAUUGUAAAACUGUCAUCUUCUGGCAUAAUAUUAAAAAGUUCAUCAGAAAAAAGUCACAAACAUCAUUUGGAUCUAAAUAAGGAAUGCCGAAAAACAAUUUUAAAUAUUUUUCAAUAACAGUUUGAUUUUUAUAUUCCGAGGACAAACCUAAAUUUUGAAUUUUUUGGUACCAAUUUUGUGUUAAAUGAAAUUUGCAACAAAAAAUAAUAAUCUUAACUAUUUAGAAUGGGAAAUAAUAAUAAUAAAAAAUAAUAAUAAUAAUAAAAAAAUAAUAAUGUCGGGCCACACUAACUUGGCUGCAUUUUGAAUUGCUAUUUCAAAAUCAGAAAUGAUUCGCUUCGGUUUGAAAUUUAAAUUCAAAUCUAUACAUAUUGUUAUUAAUGAAUCAAAAGUACUUUUAUACGAUGGCUGUGAUUUAUUUGGUAACAAACAAAAUACUAGAGGAACAUAAAAUCCAUUUUUGUAGCCAUGUAAAAUAAACAUCUGACAAAAAUAUUUAGAACAGUAUUGAAAAGUUCCAUCUACAUACAAAAAAUCUACAUUACACAAAAAUUAAAGAUUUGUGAAACAACUAAAAAUUGCGGAAUUAUUUUUCGUAGAUAAUAAAAAGUUUUCACCUGUAUUUGGUUUUAAAUUUACGUUCACUAACACUUGUAGAACUUCUUCCUGUGACUUGGGCAAUGAUGAUGUGGAUUUUCGUCUUACAGCAUAGAUAUUUCUUCAAACGCAAGAAAUGUCUUUCGUCGUCAGCGGUAAAUUGCUGAAAUUUUCCUUCCUCAAUUCCUUGUGGACAAUCUUUAAAGGUCUUUCACGUAUAUCUUCUACAGCUUUCCUCUUUGUAGAAUUACUAAAAAUUUGCCGGCCAACGUGGAUAUCUGGAGCAUGAUUAUGCUCCACCGAUGCUUUUUCAAGAAUAACGUAAUUUUCAUCACCUUCAUUUGUGUACACUUUUUGUUGACACCCUUUUUUGAUUUAUCGCCAUCUAACUUUCCAUCUUUGGAGACAUGGGCCUUUGAAUAUUUAUAUUCAUUAAUUAUUAAUAAAAGUUCUCCGCUUUGACUAAACAUAGUCGUUGGAUUCGCCAUUUAAAAGUUAAACACUAACGGACAAAACCGGACACUAUACCAUACCGUAAUACCUGUAACUGAAGUGAAUAAUUGAAAAUAAAUUUAUAUUCUUACUUUAAACUAUAAUCAAAUUUGGAAUUUCCGGUCAUUAAGACUUAAUCCCCAACUUGCUCGGCGAUGGGGCAACAGGUACUUGGGAUUAAUGGGCCCAGGUAGUUUGUGGGGCAGUUAGAUAACGCCGCUUGUGGCAUGUCUAAUUUUGAAUUUAUUUAUAAUUACCUAUGCUUUGUUUUUAAACCAGGAGAAGUAAACUAAAACGACAGAUCACAACCAAGAAAGUCACUAGAAAAAUCACCAAACACAUCUUCUUUUUUGGUUGAUUAUAUCGGCCUUCGACAGUAAUCCAUAAAUAUUAUAUUAUACUAAGAUGUAGCUAAAGAGUUCUAAAAACAACUGUUUUUUAAAUAAAAGUAGACUAAAAAUCUUAAAAAGGAAAAAAAAAAGAAAAAUGGAGAAAACACAAAAAAUUGUCGAUAUAACUCAAUUAACGUAUAAAAUACCAAAAGUGUCAAAAUUUCAUAAAUGUUAAUAGUGUCUAAAUUUCAUAACAGUUGAGUAAACUUGCCUGAUGUUGGACCAAUUACAAACAGACAUCACGGCGAGGUAAAUUUGAAUUACUCCUCCUGGUUUAAAAACAGACCAUAGGUACUAUUUGACGUUUCGUUUUCACUCCGGAAAUCUUUCUCUAAAAAGAAAAAGAUCAUCUACUCAAAGAAUUGUUAAACGUUGGUUUAUUUUAAUACCACUCAGUUUAACUGCGGCGUGAACAUACCCCCUUAACAUAGUUUUUUAAUAACUAAUUUAUUUAUUAAAUUAAUUAUUGCCAAUGUUUUAAUUAAAUACACCAAUCAUCACAAUAUAAUAAGCGUAUUGUACAAGUAGGUUUUAAGUCUCUAUCUAUACUAUAUGUUGUGGCCACCAGUAAUGUGCAUGUUGUUAUAAUUAAAGUUUAUAAAUGUAAAUUUAAUAAGACUGAAAUUUUGAAAGGCAUUGAGAAUAUUCGUUAAAUAAAUAAAUAAAUAUAUUAGAGUAAUA